UUGUAUGAAUGUGAAUUGUUAGACAGCGAAAGUCGGCAGUGCCGUUUCUCAUUGCUUAUAAACGUGUAGUAUUUUAUAUAAAUUAUUAGAGAGAGAGAGAGAGAGAGAGAGAGAGAGAGCUGUGUUGCAUGAAGGGUGGUGAAGGUGAGUAACUGUAAAUUAAUUGUAGGAAGUAGAGUGACGGUAAGUGUUGCAGGGAAUUGGGGAACGCUUACCGUCUUUACUGGGAAUUAAAAGGUGAUUGUAUUUUCUGAAUGGUGGGGAACUCAUCUUUAAGUACCGGACUCAGAAGUCAUGGCUGGGAUCUCUAGAACACAAAAGAAUCUGAACAAAAUCAAAUUUAGUUCCUGAGUAACACUUCUGGUAUGUGGUGACCGGUUGCUUAUGUGUCAUACGGGGAAGGGUGCGUGAUACCAAUUUAUGAGCUCCUUGCUGAUGGAGUGGAAUGAGAAAUCCCCAUCACAGUGGGAGUGGGAUAACCUAUUAUUGUGCAGUGCAAAAGCAGCUGAAAAUUCUAAGUUGCAACCUACAGAAUGGGCUAUGCAAGGAGAUCAAAGGAUAAACUCUGGCUCUUAUUAUUCAUCUGGGGGUGGUGGGGGUAGUGGUGGGUCAGGCCCUACGUUGAGACAUGCUUCUCUGUCAAAUAGCUCAAAAUCAGCUUCAGCAGAUUCUUAUUCAAUUGGUGAAAGUAAGACAUCAAAGCUCACUUUUGAGGCCUUUGGAGAUUUUCCAGAUGAUUACAUCAGUAAGAAAGAAUUGGCCAGGGUGGAUACAAAUGGAAUUUCUCCAACACUUGAGCCUUCAUCUGGCUCUGGUGAGCCAUUGCUCAGUCUAAAGCUUGGUAAGCAAAUGUACUUUGAAGAUGCUUGUGUAGGCAGCAAUACAGAGACCUCAAAAUUUUCUACUAUUCCCAUGACAUCAGCCACCGCAGCUAAGAAAUGCAAGUCGAGUUGUCAGAGCACACAGGUACCACACUGCCAAGUUGAAGGCUGUAAUCUUGACCUCUCGUCGGCUAAAGAUUACCAUCGCAAACAUAGAGUUUGCGAAAGUCAUUCCAAAUCCCCAAAGGUCAUUGUAGGUAGUCUGGAACGUCGGUUUUGUCAGCAGUGUAGCAGAUUCCAUGGUCUUUCCGAGUUUGAUGAAAAGAAGCGAAGCUGUCGCAGGCGUCUUUCUGAUCAUAAUGCUAGGCGACGCAAGCCACAGCCAGAAGCAGUCCGGUUAAAUCCAGCAAGGCUAUCUUCAUCACUUUAUGAUGGGAAGCAGCAGAUGAGUCUUGUCUUUGACAGAGGCCCACUUGUUUACUCAAGCGCUGCUGAUAGUUUAACGUGGGAGGACAUGUGCAGAUCCAAGUUUACCCAAACAAAAGACUAUCCUCUGAAGCCUGCAAAAGCGAGAGACACUGAUAUGCAGCUGCAUUUGCCAGGCAAUGAUAUGCCAUGUGCAAUCACUACGCUUCGUAAUGAUUCCAGUAGGCUCUUGCCAUCCAAGGGCACCGUAGGUUUAGAAGAACCCAUGAUCUCUGCGCAGCAGGAUGCUGGGCCAGAUUUCCGACGUGCUCUCUCUCUUCUGUCAACCAAUUCCUGGGGUUCCCGUGAGUCAAAACCAGCUCCACACCCACACGCCAUCCAUGCAACUCAUUCUGGUAUGCUGCAGCCUGCAAUGCAGGUGACCCAAGGUAUGCUGCAUGUUUCUUCGGACCACUGGCAAACCCAACAAGCGUCGACUGACUCACGAGGACAUAUCUUAACUCCUCCACCUAAUAACGGCAGCAUCCAUUUUCAAGACUUCCAGCUGUUCAGAUCACCAGACGAGUUCGGCUUUUAUCCCAACCAGUUGGAUUAACCACUUGAAAACCUAGCAGGCUAACGGACCUGUAAAUGCAUAUAUGCAAGACAGGCUAAUGCGAUUCAUCUGGGAGUUGAUUCCCAAAGCUAAAACAAUCUCUCUCUCUCUCACACGAAAAUCCGAAGUUUUGUCAGGAAUUACGAAUAUGUGUGGAAACAUAUUGCAACAUGACAUUUCCAUAUCUUCUCAAAUAAAUUUGCUCAUGACUAUAAGCAUUAUUGCAAGAAA